UUGAUGGUGUGUUCCGGGCUGGUCGUAAUACGAAUGAUGGUGGCCGUGGUCGAUUCAACAGUGGAUAUGGGUUUGAUCGAGGAAGUAACCGGCGUAAUUUCAAUGGUCAAGGUAACUUUAAUAAUCGCCGUUUUAGCAAUGGUUAUAGUGGCCGUGAUGGUAAUGGCAGAGGCAUAUAUGUGCCUCGUGAGAGCUCAAAUGUAAGCAAUUCAGAAGGCUUAACGGCGGCACAGGCUUUGUUGGUUAAAGAGGCAGCGGCUGCGUUUGCCAAGCAGAUUGCAGGGUUGCAACAGAUGGGUGCACAGCCGGGUUCCACACAGAUGCAGUCUGGGAUUCCGACCACGGGUAUGCCAGUGGUGAAUUCAACAAGUAGUAGCAUGAGACCUGAGGCAACGUUGCUAGCGGUGGCUGGGCUGUCGGCGCCGCCAGUGCCUGCUGUAGCUUCACCAAGGGAGGCUAGUGGAGAUGUUCCAUUAGCCAAGAAGAAGAAGGCUUCUACUUGUUUCCGUUGUGAUCAACCGGGGCAUUGUCUCAAUGACUGUAAUGCCGUCAUUUGUGAUUGUUGUCAAGAUCCUCAACAUGCAACUAGGGACUGUCCACUUCUCUUGGCACCUAAGCCGACAAUGGUUAUGUAUGGUUUAGCUCAUGAGGAGCUGAUGUUCUGGGACACACCUUUGUCUCAAUCUGUUAGGCCUAGGUUGGAGAACACUAGGAUGGGAAGGGUGACUAUUUCAGGGGGUCAGAUGACGGUUGAAGAAAUCAUUACUCAGCUGAGGUGGAUUGUGCCUGAGGAAAAUUAUCACUGGGAGGUAGUUCAGAUGGAGGAAAAUGUUUAUAGGGUCAAUUUUCCUAGCAAGAUUGAUCUGGUGCGUGUGCAACACUUUGGCAGAUUCAAUGUACCAAGUUCUGAAAUUUUUAUGACGUUUGAUUUCUGGACAAGGAAUGUGCAACCAGCAUGGAGAGCUGAGGAUGUCUGGGUUCGAGUAUAUGAUUUACCAUCUCCAGCACUUGAUGAUUUUCUUGCUCUAUGGGCCAUUGGGACACUGUUUGGCAAAACAAGAGAUAUUGAUAUGACUUUUACUCGGGCCAAUGAUGUGCUUCGAAUUUGCAUUACCUGUCUUGAUCCGACCCUUAUUCCUGCUCAGAUGGAUGUUAGAGUUCAGGAUGAUUUUUUCAGACUUCGCUUUGAGGUGGAAGGAUUACAACCAUAUGUACCGCAGGACACUACAAUGGCUGAUGCUCCUAAUGGUGAUGGUGACAUGGAACAUGAUGGACAUACUGAUGAUUCAGUUCCUGAUGUUACCAAGGACACUGCCCCAGAUGAACAGGCUAAUAACACAAACAACUCAAAUGGGCAGAAGGAUACUUUUAUGCCGCCUGGGCAAAGAAACUUGAAUCUGACUCCUAUUCAAUUUGGCUCGUAUGGUUCUGGUAUUAUCAACAAAAGUACACAAUCUGGGAGAAUGAUUGAGCAAGUGGAUGUGCUGGAUGGGGCAAAGGAGCUACAGUAUGUGUUGUCGGAGGUGGCAGAUGAUCGCAUGUCCGAUAAGGCUUUAGACUGCGCCGAUCCUGCUGACAAUCAUGGCGCUGUGAAGGCCCAGCCUAUUAUGCAUGGCGUGGCCAUGGCCCACCCCAUUAUGCAUGGAGCGACGUCGAUCGGCGGGGCGAAUGCGCCGAUACAACACAAGAUACAUGGCACGCCGACGACUAAUGGAGCUCGGGCGAUGCCAUACUCCUCUAUCAGUACGUCGACCGGAGGCACGCAUGACGCAGUGCCAGGUGCGGCUGUCCGAAGCGCAGGUGUGGCGCAUGUGAUAACACCAUCUAUUCUUACUUCGACAAAUGAUAUGUCUAAGGUGAUGGGAGUUUCUCCAACAAAUAAACCCUCCAUGGAGGAGGUGAUUUCUUUUGGAGGUAUUUCACGAGGCUCGGACAUGGGGCUGAGGUCAAGUGAUCGUAUUAGAAGACAACCAAACGCUGAUGCUACUCAAAUGGAGAGGGCAAUGGACCUUGCUCAGCGUCGAGAUGAUACUUCUGGACAAGGUUAUUCGCAGAGCUACACACUGGAUUCAACAAUGGGCGUACCUGCUCCCGGAAGACCAGCGGGAGGUUAUGGAUACUGGAUGCAACCGUUUGCUAACGGUUACUCGGGACUUCUUUUCCGGACUACUUGGGCGUUCAACGCAGAAUUGAUAGAACCAAGUGAUGUGGCACUAAUCUGCUGCUCAACGGUAGUCCCAUAUCCAUGUGAAAGCGACACUGUGAUGACCGUUGUGUCAGGCGGCGUGGAGGGCGACACCAAGGGGGAUGCGGCGAAGACGUCCAUCGGCGGUAGGUUUUGGUGCCUAUCUGCCGGGGAAGAUGAAGAUGAGGGCUCGGAGGUGUCUCCAUCUGCAUCCUCGCCGGAAGUUUACGGCAGUUCUACGCCGGAGGUCUCACUAGUAGAAAGUAGUAGAAAGGAGGGCUUCCAUACCACCCCAUUAGUCUCCAAAAAUUUAGAACCGCGACUAAUGGGGUCUUUAGUCGCGGUUCUGCAGGGGAACCGCGACUGA